AUGCGAUGGUUUCGACUUUGGGCUGCAUUGUUGCCCUGCGCUGUCAUUCUUCUGGGUGAUCUAGCAUCUGCUGAGACACAAUCUCUACCUUCAUGCGCUCGGGACUGCCUCACCAACCUCGUUCCCCAGUCAACUUGUGCUUCCAAUAACCAGACAUGCAUCUGUACAAAUACUCAACUUAUCGAUGAGGUGGAUACGUGUGUCACGGCGAAUUGCACCAUCAAGGAGGCUCUCACCGCUGUUAAUGUCACGGAUACAACAUGUGGUACUUCAAUUCGCGAUCGGACUUCUAUAAGUGUCAUAGUCCCAGCAGUCGGCAUGAGUGUUACAUUGGUCCUCAUCGCUUUGAGGUUAUACGCCCGCCUUGUGGUCAAUAAAUUGAACAUGGAAAAGGAUGACUGGGCAACUGUUUUUCUCGGGUGUUGUGCGGUGCCAGUUAACGUCGGGUCGAUCGUGCGCACAAAAUCAUUGACAGUCGCCCCAGUUGGAAAAGCCGGCUUGGGUAGAGAUAUGUGGACCCUUGAGUUCACAAACAUCACCCGAAUUUUUUAUUUCUUCUAUAUCCAAGAGCUUCUUUACAUCACCUGCGUCGCCAUCGUUAAGAUCUGCUUCCUCCUAUUCUACCUACGCAUAUUCCCCUCCGACCGGAUGCGACUGGUAAUCAAAAUAUCCAUCCUCGUGACAAUCUGCUUCGGUCUAACUUUCCUCUUCGGCUUUACAUUUCAAUGCUCACCGGUGAGCUAUAACUGGAAUGGUUGGAAUGGGGAACACACAGGGUCUUGCGUUGAGACGAACUCUCUAGUCGUUGCUGCUGCCGCAUUUAAUAUCGUCCUGGAUAUCUGGGUCAUUGCUAUGCCUAUUCCCAGGGUUUUAACGCUUCAGGCAUCACUACAUACAAAACUGCAGGUGGUAUUCAUGUUCUCUGUUGGGUUUUUGAUUACCGGCGUCGGCAUCUACCGCGCCGUAAUGCUCAAACUCUUUGCCGCAAGUACCAAUCCCACAUGUAAUGCACCCUACCUUCCUUUUCCACGACCGCCGGAAAGCUAA